AUGGAUCUUAUUAUAACUGCUCUUGGUGAAUUUGUUUGGGCAGCAUCGUGUGCUGUAAUAAAUUUUUGUGUUAGUUCGGGAUUUAGUGCUGUUGUCGUUUUUGUCUCAUUUCUUUGUGCAAUUCUUGCAUCAGCCUUUUAUAAAUAUACAUUAAGUCGUGAAGAAAUGUCACUAGACGAUACUACAUGUUCAUAUGUCACUCAUGAUAAUAAUCAAUCUGAUGAGUCGAUUAUGAUACCAUCAACAACAGAUUCAUCGAAUACAUCAUCAUUACCAAUGAUAAUAACAACAACAGAUGAAUCGAAUAAUAUUAAUAAUGAUGAAUCAUUAUCAGAAAUUGAGGUUUAUAUAGAAGAAAAUAACGAUGAAAAUAAUGAAAAUGAAGACAAUAAUGAACAAUCAACAGAUGAUAUAUUAAUUGAUACAAUUGAAGGUUCUGAAGAAGAAAUACAAAAGCAACAAAUAGCUAAUAUUUAUCGUCUUUUAAAUGAUCAAAAUUUAAUUAAUAAUUGGACAACAACUGAUUUUCUUGAUCAACUUAAAAUGUAUGGACUUGAAGCAUACGAAGAAGAUGAACUAGAAACAUCUUGA